CUUGGGAGCAGAGCGCACCCCUGGAGCCCCGGGAAGACUCUCCGUGCGCUCCCGGACCCCCGCUGCUCUCCGUGCGCUGCAAGCUCCUCGGGCUCCUCUGGCCCUUGGCGCUGGUCGGCCUCUUAGACCCCUUUGCUCUGCACCCUGUGCGACCACCUCCCCAUGGGGCCUCUCUGAGCCUCUUCCCCUGCUGCCUGCGUCUCCGUCCUCUCCUCUCUGCCUCUGGCUUCACGCCGGGUCUCCGUUUCUAGCUGCCUGUCGCUGUCUGUCUCUGUGGCUGUCAUUCCUUUGUUCUGUCUCCUGCCGUAUCUGUGGAGGAUUCCUUGUGGCUGGGUCCCUACCCUUCCCUUCGCCUCCGAAGCUUGUGUUUCUGUGUCCCUUAGGGCCUGUCAGACCCUUCUGCCCAGAGCCAUCUGGAGAGUCAGGACUGGGGCAAUGGCAGUGCCCAGACUGUGGCCGCGGGCGGCAUGUCUGCUUGUGAUCCUCCUGUCCUUGGGAUCUGGCCUGGACACACUAGAGGUGUGCCCCAGCCUGGACAUCCGCUCAGAGGUGGCAGAGCUGCGGCGGCUGGAGAACUGCAGUGUGGUGGAAGGCCACCUGCAGAUCCUGCUCAUGUUCACGGCCACCGGCGAGGACUUCCGUGGCCUCAGCUUCCCGCGCCUCACUCAAGUCACCGAGUACUUGCUGCUCUUCCGUGUCUACGGCCUGGAGAGCCUGCGUGACCUCUUCCCCAACCUAGCGGUCAUCCGCGGCGCCCGCCUCUUCCUGGGCUACGCGCUAGUCAUCUUUGAGAUGCCACACCUGCGGGACGUGGGGCUGCCCGCCCUGGGGACUGUGCUUCGUGGAGCCGUGCGCGUGGAAAAAAACCAGGAGCUCUGCCACCUCUCCACCAUUGACUGGGGCCUGCUGCAGCCUUCCCCCGGCGCCAACCACAUCGUGGGCAACAAGCUGGGCGAGGAGUGUGCCGAUGUGUGUCCCGGGGUGCUGGGCGCCACUGGCGAGCCCUGUGCCAGGACCACCUUCAGUGGGCACACCGACUACAGGUGCUGGACCUCCAGCCACUGCCAGCGAGUGUGCCCCUGUCCCCACGGGCUGGCCUGCACAGCUGGGGGUGAGUGCUGCCACAUCGAAUGCUUGGGGGGCUGCAGCCAGCCGGAUGACCCCAGUGCCUGCGUUGCCUGCCGCCACUUCUACUUCCAGGGCACCUGCCACCAGGCCUGCCCUCCAGGCACCUACCAGCAUGAGUCGUGGCGCUGUGUCACAGCCGAGCUCUGUGCCAGCCUGCGCUCUGUGCCCAGCCUCCCCUCCACCUUUGGUAUCCACCAGGGCAGUUGCCUGGCCCAGUGCCCUCCAGGCUUCACCCGUAAUGGCAGCAGCAUCUUCUGCCACAAGUGUGAGGGGCUGUGCCCCAAGGAGUGCAAGGUGGGCACCAAGACGAUCGACUCCGUCCAGGUGGCACAAGACCUGGUGGGCUGCACCCACGUGGAGGGGAGUCUCAUCCUCAAUCUUCGCCAGGGCUACAACCUGGAGCAGGAGCUGCAGCACAGCCUGGGGCUGGUGGAGACCAUCACUGGCUUCCUCAAAAUCAAGCACUCCUUUGCCCUCGUGUCCCUGGGCUUUUUCAAGAACCUCAAACUAAUCCGGGGAGAUGCCAUGGUGGAUGGGAACUACACUCUGUACGUGCUGGACAACCAGAACCUGCAGCAACUGGGGUCCUGGGUGGCGGCGGGGCUCACCAUUCCCGUGGGCAAGAUCUACUUCGCUUUCAACCCACGCCUCUGCUUGGAGCACAUUUACCACCUGGAGCAGGUGACCGGCACGCGGGGGCGGCAAAACAAGGCGGAGAUCAACCCCCGGACCAACGGAGACCGCGCCGCCUGUGAGGCCCCACAACAGCAAUCCUGGGUUGAUUCAGAGAGAAGGGGGCUGCUAGAAGUUGGGGGUGGGGUGUUCAGCCCGUUCCAGAACGCCACGGAGCACAUAGGUCCAGAUGCCUGUGGGGCCCAGAGCUGGAACCUGCUAGAUGUGGAGCUGCCCCUGAGCCGCAACCAGGAGCCAGGGGUGACCUUGGCCCCCCUCAAGCCCUGGACACAGUACGCAGUGUUUGUGCGGGCCAUCACGCUGACCACUGCUGAGGACAGCCCCCACCAAGGAGCCCAGAGCCCCAUCAUCUACCUCCGAACCCUGCCUGCAGCGCCCACCGUUCCCCAAGACGUCAUCUCCACGUCCAACUCCUCCUCCCACCUGCUGGUGCGCUGGAAGCCACCGACCCAACGGAAUGGCAACCUCACCUACUACCUGGUGCUGUGGCAGCGCCUGGCAGAAGACAGCGACCUCUACCUCAAUGACUACUGCCACCGCGGCCUGCGGCUGCCCACCAGCAACAGCGACCCCCGCUUCGACCAGGAAGACGGGGAACUCGAGGCGGAGAUGGAGCCCGGCUGUUGCCCGUGCCAACACCCACCUCGGGGGCAGGUCUUGCCGCCACUGGAGGCGCAAGAGGCCUCGUUCCAAAAGAAGUUUGAAAACUUUCUGCACAACGCCAUCACCAUCCCCAAAUCCCCCUGGAAGGUGACGUCCAUCAAUAAGAGCCCUCAAAGGGACUCCUCCGGGAGGCACCGCCGCGCCUCCGGGGACCUCCGACUCGGGGGAAACAGCUCAGAUUUCGAGAUCCGGGAGGACAAAGUGCCCCGAGAGCGAGCAGUGCUGAGUGGCCUGCGCCACUUCACGGAGUACCGCAUCGACAUCCAUGCCUGCAACCACGCCGCGCACGCUGUGGGCUGCAGCGCCGCCACCUUCGUCUUUGCGCGCACCAUGCCCCACAGAGAGGCUGAUGGUAUCCCAGGGAAGGUGGCCUGGGAGGCGGCCAGCAAGAGCAGUGUCCUCCUGCGCUGGCUGGAGCCGUCGGACCCCAAUGGACUUAUCCUCAAGUACGAGAUCAAGUACCGCCGCUUGGGAGAGGAGGCCACAGUGCUGUGUGUGUCCCGCCUGCGAUAUGCCAAGUUUGGGGGCGUCCACCUGGCCCUGCUGCCCCCAGGAAACUACUCCGCCAGAGUGCGGGCAACCUCACUGGCUGGCAACGGCUCCUGGACGGAAAGUGUCGCUUUCUACAUCCCUGGCUCAGAGGAGGAAGACUCCGGGGGGCUGCACCUUCUCACUGUCACCCCCGUGGGACUCAUGCUGCUCAUCAUUCUUGCUGCCCUUGGUUUCUUCUACAGCAAGAAGAGAAACAGGACCCUCUAUGCCUCUGUGAAUCCAGAGUACUUCAGUGCUUCUGAUGUGUACAUCCCUGACGAGUGGGAGGUGCCUCGGGAGCAGAUCUCCAUAAUUCGGGAACUGGGCCAGGGCUUCUUCGGGAUGGUAUAUGAGGGGCUGGCACAAGGACUUGAGGCUGAAGAGGAGACCACACCUGUGGCCCUGAAGACGGUGAAUGAGCUGGCCAGUCCACGAGAACGCAUUGAGUUCCUCAAGGAAGCCUCUGUCAUGAAGGCAUUCAAGUGUCACCAUGUGGUGCGUCUCCUGGGUGUGGUGUCCCAGGGCCAGCCGACUCUGGUCAUCAUGGAAUUAAUGACUCGCGGGGACCUCAAGAGCCAUCUUCGGUCUUUGCGGCCCGAGGCAGAGAAUAACCCUGGGCUCCCACGGCCAGCACUGGGAGACAUGAUCCAGAUGGCCGGUGAGAUUGCAGAUGGCAUGGCCUAUCUUGCCGCCAAAAAGUUUGUGCACCGAGACCUGGCCGCCCGGAACUGCAUGGUGUCCCAGGACUUCACCGUCAAGAUUGGGGAUUUCGGGAUGACUCGAGAUGUGUAUGAGACAGACUACUACCGCAAGGGCGGGAAGGGGCUGCUGCCCGUGCGCUGGAUGGCUCCCGAGUCCCUCAAAGAUGGAAUCUUUACCACCCACUCGGAUGUCUGGUCCUUCGGCGUGGUGCUCUGGGAGAUCGUGACCCUGGCUGAACAACCCUACCAGGGUCUGUCCAACGAGCAGGUGCUCAAGUUUGUCAUGGAUGGUGGGGUCCUGGAGGAGCUAGAGAGCUGUCCCUUUCAGCUGCAGGAGCUGAUGAGCCGCUGUUGGCAACAGAACCCACGCCUGCGACCAAGCUUCACCCACAUCCUGGACAGCAUUCAGGAGGAGCUGCGGCCUUCCUUCCGCCUCCUUUCCUUCUACUACAGCCCAGAGUGCCGGGGGCCCCGGGCUUCCCUCCUGCCCCCUGAGGCGGAGCCCGACUCCCCACCGUCCCCAAAAGGGGCUUCCUCAGACUGCAGCCCUCAAAACGGGGGUCCGGGGCACCGAGGCGCACUCCCUUCCCUGUCUGAUUGGCCCCCCACGGGCAGAGAGGAAGGGCUCUGACCUUUGUGGCUGAGAGAUGUGCGGGCUUUCAUACCCCCUGACCAUGGGGUGGCCAAGGGAGGGGCAGGCAGCAGGGGCAGGCAAGGUGGGGGGUGGUCAGAGCAGACUCACUGAGUCCUCCCUGAGGAAGGCAGCAAGGUCCCAGCAGGAGCGGAGACGAGGCCCUCACCGAGCCCGUACUCAGACUAAGAAGCGUGGGCCUGUCCACCCCAGAGGUCUUGUUGGGAGAACCCCACCCUCAGCCCUCAGGUCUCUGUGGACAUCUGGGGCCAUCAACACACUUGAAACCAGAUAAGUGACCAGAAUGGGCCUGGACCCUUCUCUGUCCAUGUUUGGGCUGCUGGAAGGAUGGUCCACAUAACUGCCUUUCUCACCACUGCGUGUCACCGCCUACCCUCUGCCUCAGAGCCCAGGGGGAACGGUUCUCAGCCCGGCCCUUAGGCCUGCCCUCACUUCCUCCUCUCCUUUGCCAUCACAGGGAUUUCCAAGCUUGGUGCUCCUCUGUCCUCUUCCCCUGGAAAAUCCCUUGGAGUGAAUCACCCCACCCCUCCCAGUCUCAUCCCCUCAAUCUCCCUCAGACCCUUCGAUUAUUAAGGCUUUAAGAGGUUUGCUUCCUCCCUGCCCUCACUCCUGCCCCCACCCCUCCCCUCUCCGGGGAAGCCACAAUAAAUGCCAAUGUCUGUUUGUACCCUGGUCCCCAGC